AAUCAGUAUGUUGUUUAUCUAUUUUGACAUGUUCGAAAAAUAGUGGUGAACAAAAGUAUAUAUGACAUAUAGUUUAAAUAUGAAAAGAAAAUCACUAUAACAGGAUAAAUAAACAUAUAUUCAUGUUCAUAAAAUAGAACAAUUUCUUAAACUGUACAAUUUUAGAGAGCAAACAUUUUAUAAUUUUUAACCUAUUCUUUCAAAUAAAUCAAUAUACUUUGAAUUUACUUCGGUGUUUAUUUAAAUUAUACAAAAUUGUUUCUACGAUGACUGAUUUACCUGUUUUUACUUCGGAAGUUGCAAAAGCUGUUUUAACUGACGUUCUAACAGCAUUAAAUACUCCAGAAAAUACUCAAAAACUUGCAGAAGCUAAGGAAAACUCUGGGAAUGAAAUGCUGAAAAUGAUGCAGUUUGUUUUUCCAAUUGUAGUACAAAUUCAAAUGGAUGUUAUUAAGAACUAUGGUUUCUCAGAAGGUACAGUUCAAUUUGUGCAAUUACUCAGAGCUCUAGAAAGGGAAGACCCUGAGAUAGCACAAUUACAUAGUCAAGUUCGAUCAUAUUUCCUUCCCCCUGUUACUAUAAGUUCUUCAACUGAAGCAUCUCUUUAAGAUAAAAUAAUUUUUAUGUGCAAGCACAUUAUUAUUUUACUUUGUACUUUCUUUUUCCCUACAUAUAAAACAUACAUAGAGAUCUUUUACUGGUAUCUAACUUACAAUAGCUUUAAUUUUAUAAAUGCAUUGAAGUUUAAACAAAGUUUUACAAUUAUACUCUGAUAUAUUAUUAAUUAUAAUUUACUACACAAAAAGAUAUGUACAAGGGAUCUUCAAAUUAAAUAUUUAAUCAGAAAAAUUAAAAA